AAAUCUGUCAUGAAAGAGUAAGUUUGAAUACAAUAAGUGGUUAAGGUUUUGCUUUAUUCAGAGUACAAGGAAUACAAAGGAAACUGCCGAUGAGCUAAGAAUUACUGGGUGCAAGUAUUUGUUUAAAAUGACAUUCUUCACAACUAAUUUCAGCAUCGGGAACAAUGAUAACAUUCUGAGUUGUGAGGAGCUUGAAAAUCCAAUUCCUCCAAAGACAGUUGCUGAGAUCAGAAAGUAAGUAUUGAUCCAAUAUGUGAGGAAAUGAUGCUUUAAUCGGAAUACAAAAAUAUGAAGGGCAGCUGCUGGAGGUCUGGCAUUUUCAGGAGCAUUACAUAGAGGCUAUCUCCCGAAACUUAGCAGCAUCUGUGGAGAGAAAGCAGAGUGGGCGCUUUGAGUUAAGGUUCCCCUGUUUAGAACUUCACACCUCUGAAGAAAUGUCACCUGGCUUCACUUGAACUCUGUUUUCUGUCUGUAGAUGCUGCAAAACCUGUAGAGUUUCUCCAGAAACAUCUGCCUUUCUUUCAGAUUGCCGGUGUCCAUAGUUUGUUUGUUUUUACAUUAAAGAAACAGUUGGCUGUUGUUCUAAUAUUUGCUCUGUUCUUAGUGUUGUAAAAAGAAAUUUUAGAUGGAAGCUUGUGGUUCAUGCUGCAGGCCUUCUGCUGGAUCUGAAACCUGGAGGCCUUGGCCGAUUCCAGCGGUGACCAAUACAGAGAUUGCUGCCGGCGUUACUCACCAGUUGACGGUUUGGAUCAGUUUUGACAGCUGCUGGUCCAGUGAAAGGGAUGGCAGAUCAGCAUCCUUCUCAGCCCAACUGUUAAUGCUGAUUGUCACUGAGGUUGUGUAUGCACUGUCCCUGGAACGGGUUCAGAGGAGGUUCAUGAGAAUGGUCCAGGGAAUGGAAAGCUUAAAAUAUGAGGAACGUUUGAGGACUCUGAGACUAUACUCAUUGGAGAUUAGAUGGAUGAGGGGUGAUCUAAUUGAAACUUUUAGAAUACUGAAUGGCCUGGACAGAGUGGAUGUUGGGAAGAUGCUUUCAUUGAUAGGAGAGACUAGGACCCGAGGGCCCACUUUUAGAAUAAAGAGGAGAUCUUUUCAAUUGGAGAUUUGGAGAAACCUCUUCAGCCAGAGAGUGUUGAAUCUGUGAAAUUCACUGCCACAGAAGGCUGUAGGGGCCAGGUCAUUGAGUACAUUUAAAACUGAGACAGAUUAUCAAGGGGAUUAAGGGUUAUGGGGAGAAAGCAGGAGAAUGGUGUUGAGGAACUUAUCAUCCUGACUGAAUGGCAGAACUGACUCAAUGGGCCGAAUGGCCUAAUUUCUGCUCCUCUGUCUUAUGGUCUUAUGGUCUUAAUGAAUUGCAGGUCUAAAACCUUUGACAGCCCAAACUCUGAGAAAGAUGAAGAACCAAGUUCACCAAAAGCGACUGCAGACAUUUCAAAUUCUGGAAAUGUUGACAGUGCAAAUGGUGAGGAAAAUGGAAGUUGUGUUUCUUCAGGAUCCAGCGAAAUAAUUGCUGAAAGAGAAGAAGGAACAAUCCAGAAUAAUUUUGAUUUGGAGGAGGUCCAACUUCAAAAGGAGCAAGAAGGCGUUUGCAGCAAUUGCAGCUGUGAAAGCGUCGAGUCUGAACACGGUCCGAAUUCUGAUGAAAUUCAGAAUUUAAGUUCACCAGAAAAGGGAGCGACAGUCAAGAAAAGCAUAGACUUCAACAGAUCAAGCUUUCUAGAAGAAUAUAAUUUCAGUCCUGCAGAAAAGGAAACACUAAUGAAAAUUGCUAUACCUGAAAUUCUUGAAAUCUGGCUGGAGGAGUCUGCCGAAGACUUUCGUCAAGUUCCAACUUACUCUUGUCUCCGGAAGGUACUUUGCUACUUGAACCAGACAGUGCCGGGGUCAGAUGCUGAACAUCGGGCCCAGAAACUCCUGAGUCGGUUUUUGGCGGAGGAAACAGCGGAGAAAGAGAUGUUCAAAGGCUACCGUAGAAGAGUUAGAUUCUAUAUUGGAGAAGAACACGACCAAACCAUCGAACAAGUUGACGAAAAGCUCCUGUCCUACCCAUCACGCUUCAUUGCAGAGCAGCUGACUUUUAUGGAUGCUGAUCUUUUUCGGAAACUUGUGCCCAGCCAAUGUUUAGGGUCCAUCUGGUCUCAACGAGGGAAGGAAGAAAAACAGCAUCUGGUAUCAACCGUCCAGGCCACCAUUACACAGUUCAAUAAUGUUACAAAAUGUGUCACCAGCACCAUAUUAAGACCUCAACAGCUGAAACCACGGCAGAGGGCUAAAAUCAUUGAGAAAUGGAUUGAUGUUGCCCAGGAAUGUAUGAUUUUGCAGAAUUUCUCGUCAGUGCAUGCAAUUUCUACGGCAUUGCAAUUGAAUAGUGUGUUCAAUUUGAAGAAGACUUGGGCAGCCGUGUCAAAGAGCAGUAAGACAACAUUUGAAGACCUUUCAAAUAAUGAAGAAGAUAACUUUAUAGCAAGUAGAGAGCUGCUAAUGGAGGAUAUCGUUCAGGGAAUUGUGCCGUACCUGGGAACUUUCUUAACAGAAUUUUCAGCGCUGGAUUCGGCUUUCCCGAAUUGCCAUUCAAAUGGCUUGAUCAACUUUGACAAGAGACAAAAACUCCUCUGAACUCGAGAAACCGCCAAAGCCCAAAAAGAGUGUGUUUAAACGCCUCAGCUGCCUGUUUUCAAAGAGAGGUGUUAAAAUACACAACACUCAAACUAAAAGCUCUGA